GAAUGCAUCGAAUUAUUUCAGGAAGUACAACUUGUUCUACGACUGCGUUCAGGAUAUUGUCCGAACUCGAUGUAGAUCAGACGAUGACCGAUACUUGGGUCAAUAUCUGGUUGAUACUGCCCAAGACCUCGCCUGGAACUGCGGAGAAUCAUCUACCACUUCUGAUCGAUUCAGGCAAGAUGAUCGACGUGAUGAUCGCUAUAACGAUCGAGAUCGAAUGAACGAUCGAGAUCGAAUGACAGAUCGAGAUCGAAUGAACGAUCGUGAAAGAGAUCAGCAAAGAGGCGGGAGCUAUAGCGGAAGAGAUGAUCGAUACGGUGGUGGUGGAUACGGAGACAGAGAUGGCGAUCGAUAUGGCAAUGGAAGAUAUUCUGGCACUUAUUCGAAUGGAAAUGGGAGCUCAGACAUCACCUGCUGCAGAAAUGAAAGAUGUGACAGAAGCCGCCUUCAGCAGUGCAGAGACUCGCUGGCCAGAGCUGUUGACAACAGAGCAGCCGGAUAUCAGGACUCUCAGAAAUGCAGACGACUUCGGGAUGAUUUUAAUUGUCUGUUAUGGCAGACAUCCUCCUGCGUCUCAAGAGAAGAGCGGGACAGAGACAACGAGAUUUUCCGAAAAUCCAGAGAUUUCAUUUCAAGAAACUGUGACAAUUAUGGAAGGUAUACUGAAAACAGUUGCUACAAGAGCACUGAUAUGAAAAGAUGUGAGGACCUUCUCACCAACACAAGAGGUGGAUCUAACUACGAUUCCUGCAGAUCGUACAUCAGCUUUAAGGAAUGUAUGAUAACGGAAUUGGACAGACGCUGCACCAGAGAAGAUGAAUUAUUUCAAGGUGCGUACCUGGCAGACAAAGCUCAAGAAAUGUCUUGGCAAUGUGGAGCUGAGGGUGGAAGAAAUUCGUGGGGAACUUUUGACAGACGCAAUGAAUACGACAGAUAUGACAAUAAUAAUCCCUAUGAUCGCCAGCCUUAUGAUAGCAGUCCAGUGCAUCUGGAAGACGAAGAUGCCAUGUGUUUGGCAAGAGCUCAAGCUAGUGUAGAUCAGUGCAAGAAGAAUUUUGAUAGUAGAAGGCGAGAAAAGGAUUACGAAACCGAUUAUGACACCAAAAACAGGAUAAGUUGUUGUUCUGUCCGAGAGUACCGCAACUGCUUGUUUGAUGCAACUAGACGAUACUGCCAGACAGAACGCAGCCGUGUUGUAGAUUCCCAACUGCAAGGCUACAGACACCUCCUCACCGCAGAUACUUGCCUCAGAGUCUAUGACUCUGAAUGCAACUCUAGCAGUCACAGCAGCAUUUCUUUUGUGCUCUUGGCAACCUGCAUCGCCGUCCUUUCAGCUCUGUUUUCAUUGCAUCGUUAACAACUUCUUGUCCAGAGGCAACACUCGAAAAAGUACAAGACAUUUUCAUGGGUGUGUUGCACCAAAGCGCCAUCUGAGAUGCCACUUAAUUCCUUGCAUUGGAACAUUGUUCAUAGGUUUUUAUUGGAAUAAUUAAUUAUUCCAAAAGAAGUGUUAAUAUAUUUUGCAAUGCUCAAUGUGACGUAACUCAUUGUUUCAUUAUAAAAUUUGUAUUGUUGAUGAGUUUUAUGGUGGUUUGAAAUACUCCUUUUCAUUUGGAUUUUAAGGUUCUUAACUUAAAUAUGAUGCAAGGAUAUCACUUGGACAACCAGGUUUUACUUUUUUUUUUAAAUCUUGUUUAUAAUCAAACAAGCAAUUAAAAACUUUUUUAAACAGAUUUUUUUUCUUUAUGAUCUUCAUAAUUUUUUUAAAAUUUUUUAUUUUUCAUAAUGAAGGUCAAAUUUUUAUUAUAAAUUCAAAAUAAAUUUGACAUAAAAUGAAAAAUAAUAUGAUAAUGCCCAUCUUCGGCCUUUAAUCAAGUCAAUAUUAUGUUUUUUAUUUAUUUAACUUUUACUAACGUUCUUCUUAGUGCUAAAGAGAUUGAAAUUUAAUUAUAUAAGGUUUCAAAUAUAGUCAUUUAAAUUAUUUAUAAAGACAGUUUUUUUUAAAUAACUUAUUUAAAAUAUCAAAAUUUCAUAUUUUGAAUCAAUUAAAAUAAUAACAAAUGUUUUCUGAAAAAUAAAAAUUUAUGAUCAGAUCAUAAUCUAAAACGUUUCAACUUUGUCUUUCGGAAUAAACAAUAAGAAUUUUUAUUGAAAAAUUUCGUAAGAAAUUUAUAUUUUAAUUUUGAAAAAUUAUACUUUGAUAAUCUCAAUUAUUUAUAAAAUAAAACUCAUGAUUUCAGAUAAAAAUGACCCAAGCAGAAAUUACUCAGCAGAUUGAUUAAAAUGCAUAACUUCAAAAUAUUAGCAAAACAUACAUAAAAUAAAGCGUAAAUUCUUUAUUAAAAUUUAAAAAACUUAAUAUUGUAAAUAAAAUAAAGAUAAAAACUUUUAUUUACAAAAUGUUAUAUAGUUUUAGGCAAAAAAAGUAAAUCCUAGAGAACACACCAUUUUCAAGGAUAGUUUCAGUUAGCAUUAAAAAUGAUAGAAAAGCGGUAAUUUUACCACCUCACAUUUAUUUUAAUUUAUACAUAAUGUUUAAAUGGCGCAAAAUAAAAAAACAUUACUUAUACACAAACACAUAUAUAUAUGCACCAACACUUGAUACACGUUAAAAUAGUUUGUUAAAAAGUAAUGGAAUAUAAAAAGAGUGCUUGGCAAAAAAAAAAUUAUAUCAUGGGUUUUUCACAAGAAUUAACUGGCAAAUUUAAAUUUAUACAAUUAUUUUUAAAUGGCACAAUAUACAAAACAUUACAUAUACACACAUAUAUACACAUCACAACUUAAGAUAGUUAGAAUUAUGAAACAUAAUAAUGCUACUGGAUAAGAUAAUUAUGACCAUAAUAUCAUGACAUUCAUCAUGGGUUUUUCACAACGAACUGGCAAAUUAAUCAAAAACAAAAAAAGAUCAUGACAUAUAAUUGUACAUAGGAAUAUUCUUAUAUCUAUUUCAGGAGCUACGGUAUUUCGCAUUUUAAUGGAAGGGGUGAAGGCAUUUAUAAUAAAAUUUGCAUUCAUAUAUAAAUAUCAUGAAGCAUUCAUAUCUAAAAUCACUUAUAAUAAUUUCAUUUGAAAUACAGCAAUUGAUACUGACAACAUGAACAACUUAAUACAUCUUUAUAUUUUCAGUCUGAUUAGUUAUAUUUAUAAACAGAUGCAAGUUAAAAAAGUAAUUAUUUAUCACUUACACUUAACUUGUUUCUCAACUUUUUCAAUUUUGACUUUAAAACUUAGCUCCAAAGCACAUCGAUUAAUAAAAUUCAUUAAAAAAAAUACAUAUUUCGUAAAAAAAUAAAUGAAAAAUAUGUUUAUCAAAUAUUUAAAAAACAUGUACACAUACUGGUUUAAAGUUUUUUAUAACUACACCAUGUUAAAGUUUUUUUGUUUUUAUGUUCGCAUUUAAGUUUUUAUGUUCGAUGUUAAAUUUAAUAAUACACAUGUACAAAUACUUUUUGCUUCUAAGUCUUAAAUAUCACAAAAAAGCUUGUGUUCUUGAAUGUUAGCCUCAUGAAAGUUUUUCAACAUAACAGAUUUAAUCUGAAUAUCUAACUACUUUAGUAUAACAAUAAUAAAAAGAUUUGUAUGUUGCAAAGUACAUAAAAAGUUUACAUACUAAAUAUUAAUUUCACAAUUUUAAAUUAUUAAAUUGAUAACAAAAAUUUAACUUUGAACUAAAAAAAACUCACCCAGUUUUUCAUUGAAUUUCUGUUUUAAAAUGCAAGCUAUAAAUGUUACAUUAAUGAACAUGUCAUCAUCACCUUUUUUUUUCUUUUCUUUUUUCAUAUUAUCUAUUACACAUUAUAAAGAUAUGUAUGUACGAAUUUUAAGGAAUAAUCAUCAUAAAUGAUUUUAGUCAAAUCUCAUUUUAUAUGUUUAUAUAUCAAUAUUUGAUUGUUUGGAUUUAUUUGCUUGAUUUAAAUUUUGUUUGGAUAUUGUUGUAUAGAAAAGAAUUUUCAAUAAAUUUUGUUAUUGAUUUAUCUAA